AUGUACGGUCGUGACCCAUGGGGUGGUCCCCUUGAGAUCAAUGCAGCGGACUCGACCACUGACGACGAUCGCAGUCGAAAUCUUCAGGACCUAGACCGGUCGACUCUUCCUCGUCCCCUCGACGAGACGCAACAGAGCUGGCUACUCGGACCGACCGAGCACAAGAAGAAAAAGUACGUCGAUCUUGGUUGUGUAUUACUCAGCCGCAAAAUCUUUCUCUGGUCACUCGGAACAAUUCUACUAACAGCUUCUCUCGCUGGAUUCGUUACUCUCAUCGUCAAAACUCUCCCACGUCACCACUUUAAGCAGCCACCACCCGAUACUUGCACCAUCGCUCUCCACAAGGCUCUCAACUUCUUCAAUGCUCAACAAUCUGGGAAGCUACCAAUGCAUAAUCAUGUACCAUGGAGGGGUGAUUCUUGUCUUGAAGAUGGAAACUUUCCAGGGAGCUCUUACAAAGAUUUGGUUGGAGGCUAUUACGAUGCUGGAGAUGCUAUCAAAUUCAACUUCCCCAUGUCUUUUGCAAUGACCAUGUUGAGCUGGAGUGUUAUUGAAUACAGUGCAAAGUACGAAGCUGCGGGCGAGCUCAACCAUGUUAAGCAACUCAUCAAAUGGGGAACUGACUAUUUUCUCAAGACUUUUAAUUCUAGUGCUGAUACUAUCUAUCAAAUGGUCACACAGGUCGGAUCUGGGAAUACCGAUGGACCAAGUGUAGUACCUAAUGACCAUUACUGCUGGAUGCGUCCUGAGGAUAUUGAUUACCGAAGACCUGUUUCUAUAUGUUAUAGUAGCUGCUCCGAUCUUGCUGCGGAGAUGGCAGCCGCUUUGGCUUCUGCAUCCAUUGUAUUCAAGGACGACAAAGUAUAUUCGCGAAAGCUUAUUCACGGUGCUAAGACGCUCCAUGAGUUUGCAAAGUCUAGCAAAGGUAGAUACAGUCCAAAUUCACAAGAGUCUAGCAAAUUUUAUAACUCAACCAUGUAUUGGGAUGAGCUUAUAUGGGGUGGUGCUUGGAUGUAUUUUGCUACUGGAAACGUAACCUAUCUUGAUCGAGUUACCAGUCACGCUUUGGCCAAAAAUGCUGGUGCCUUCUCGGGUGGCCCUUAUUAUGGCGUAUUUAGCUGGGACAACAAGCUUGCUGGGGCUCAGGUGUUGUUGAGCCGGUUGAGACUGUUUCUUAGCCCUGGAUAUCCAUAUGAAGACAUGUUGAGCAACUUUCAUAAUCAAACCAACAUAGUUAUGUGUUCCUUCUUACCUUAUUUCAACAAGUUUAACAGAACCAAAGGAGGUUUGAUCCAGCUGAAUCAUGGAGAUCCACAACCUCUUCAGUAUGUUGUAAAUGCGGCUUUCUUAGCGGCGUUGUACAGUGACUAUCUUGAUGCUGCUGAUACUCCCGGAUGGUAUUGUGGYCCUAAUUUCUAUUCUACUGAUGUCUUACGGGACUUUUCAAGAUCGCAGAUUGAUUACAUACUUGGUAAAAACCCUCGGAAGAUGAGUUAUGUUGUAGGUUUUGGGGAACGAUACCCGAAACACGUACAUCACAGAGGAGCUUCAAUUCCGAAGAACAAGAAGAAACAAAGUUGCAAAGGAGGAUGGAAAUGGAGAGAGAGCAAAAAGCAAAAUCCAAACACGAUUGAAGGAGCAAUGGUUGCUGGACCCGACAAGCAUGACGGAUUCCACGACGUGCGUACAAACUACAACUACACAGAGCCAACUCUAGCGGGCAAUGCGGGUCUGGUUGCCGCUCUGGUAGCGUUAUCAAGACCGAAAUCGUUCGGGACCAUUGAUAAAAACACUAUAUUCUCCGCCGUACCUCCCUUGUUCCCAGCCACACCACCGCCUCCAGCACCUUGGACACCUUAA